AUGACACGCACAGAAAGCCCACACUCCCAACCCACCGGUGGCGAGUACAUCUGCGAAGAACUCGCCCGUCGAGGAGUCAAACAUGCCUUCGGCAUCUCCGGUGGCGCCAUCUUCCCCGUCUUCGACCGCCUGCACUCCAACCCCCCACUGACCCUCACCCUGACCCUCCACGAACAAGGCGCUGGCCACAUGGCGGAAGGCUACGCCCGCGCGUCCGGCCGACCAGGCGUCGUCUUCGUGACAUCCGGCCCGGGGACCUCCAACCUCGUCACUCCGCUGAUGGACGCCUUGAUCGACGGGGUCCCCCUUAUCGCCAUCUGCGGGCAAGUGCCCACCCCCGCACUGGGCACUGGGGCUUUCCAAGAGAUCGAUUCGCUGGGCCUCGCGAAGACGUGCACGAAAUGGUGCGGCAUGCCGACGGAGGUGGACGAGUUGCCUGCGUAUCUCGCCCAAGCGUUCGACGCCGCCACGACCGGCCGACCUGGCCCGACAAUGCUGGUGAUCCCGAAGGAUGUGGCUAAAGCCCGCCUGAGCCCUCGCGCGGUCGAGCAGAGCCCUAACUUACAGGAGAACCCCUCCCCUUCCGAGUCCCUCCCGACUCCAUCCCAGAAGACACUGGAUGAAGUCGCCCGAUUGCUGCGCCGCGCACAGAAACCCGUCAUCAUCGCCGGCCAGGGCCUUCUCAACGCCACCGACGGGCCAGCACUGCUGCAACAUCUCACGGAAAUCCACCCCAUCCCCACCACAACCACCCUACUCGGUCUAGGCGCCUUCGACGAACUCAGCCCGCUCGCGCUGGGCAUGCUCGGGACAUAUGGCACCGUGCCCGCUGACCUGGCGGUGCAACACGCGGACUUGAUUCUUGCGCUGGGGGCACGGCUGGACGAGCGUGCGGUCGGGAGCGCGGCGGAGUUCGCACCCGCGGCGCGCAAGGCGGCCAAGGAAGGACGGGGGGGCAUUGUGCACUUCGAUAUCUGCCCCCAGCAUAUGGGGAGGGUGGUGAAGCCCACAGUAGCGGUGGCGGGGGAUCUCGCGAGGACGCUGCCUUUGCUGCUGGAGCGGGUGCAGUCGAUGCCUCCGGGGGCGGGGGCGGAGUGGGUGGAGAGCGUGCAGCAGUGGAAGAGGCAGUAUCCGCUGGAUCUGCAGCCCCUGACCCCAACCGGAAAGGAACCGAUGCCGCAAGAGGUCAUUGCGGAGCUGGAUCGUCAGCUCAGUCCCCGCAAAGAUCGUACGAUGGUGACGACGGGCGUGGGACAGCAUCAGAUGUGGACGGCGCGGUAUUUCCGCUGGCGAGUGCCACGGGGACUCAUCAGUUCCGGGGGGUUGGGGACGAUGGGGUUUGGAGUGCCGGCGGCGGUGGGGGCGAAGAUGGCUCGGCCAGACUGUACGGUCCUCGAUAUCGACGGGGAUGCCUCGCUGUGUAUGACCAUGCAGGAGAUCUUGACGGCGGUGCAGUACGGAGUCGCCAUCAAAGUGCUGGUGCUGCGGAAUGAGGAGCAGGGGAUGGUGCAGGAGGUCCAGCGGGUGGAUUUCGAUGGGCGGAUCACCCAGGCGGACCACUUGAAUCCCGAUUUUGUCCAGCUGGCGGAGAGUAUGGGGGCGAGGGGGCGGCGAUGUGUACAUCGUGAGGAUCUGAGCGAGAGUAUCGCGUGGUUGUUGAAGACUGAGGGAGUGGCGUUGUUGGAGGUGGGGGUACAGGGAAGAGUGCCGAUGGUGCCCAAGGUGAAUGCAGGCAAGGGAUUGAAGGGUAUUCUGGAUGGAUUGGAUCACUGA